UCUCCAGGUUCCUUCAAUGCAAGCUUACGACCACCAGAGACCCUGUUCAAGGUGAUCUUCUGGUUGGGCUACUUCAACAGCUGCCUGAACCCCAUCAUCUACCCCUGCUACAGCCGCGAGUUCAAGCUGGCCUUCAUUCGCAUCCUACGCUGCCAGUGUCACCGCAGGAAACGCCCAGGCUGGCGGGCCUACCAGUACCGCUCGUCCCACCUGCAGUCCUCCGUACACUCCCGCAAGGGCUCAACCGAGCACACCUCCGGGUGUCUGAACGGGAGCCAGCGCACCCUGCCCUCCUCCCCCAGCCCCAGCCCCAGCCCAGGGUACCUGGCCAAGGGGCUGGCCACCUGCCCCGAGGGGGAGGCGCUGUUCAUCUGGAGGAGCACAUCCUCCCCUCCCGCCUCCCCCUCUCCCACCCUCCUGCCAGGGGCUCCCACUGACCGCCAGCAGGGGACGUUGAGGGGGGAGGCGGGGGGGAGGAGGGCCAGGGAAGGAGGGUUCGCCUUCACCUUCGGACAGGCCGGGGGCAGGGAGGCGGGGGAGAGCGGGAGGGUUGUUCCGGAGAACAAAGUGUGACUCUGAGCUUUGCCAAGUUUGGAGACGUUUGAGGGGAUCGUCCUCAUGGUGUUCCAAAUGGACAAAAGAUCUGAAUCUCAAACUGAGAUUUAUGUUCCACAGUUAAGCCGUUCCUGACAGGGAUUUGAAUGGAAAUGGAGAGACAUGAGGAGACUCAUGCUGGUCCCACCGCAGAGGAGAGGCAGAGACAACCCUGCCACAACAUCAAACCUACUACAUUUCCCAGAGGUCUUCAGGAUGGAGUUAAGCCAGCAAAUCAGCAGGGAUUAACCACACAUACUGAGUGAGUGGAUUGGGUUUCAGUAAGAGACAGAUGCAUGUAUAUACCUAGACAGUACUGGUUCUGUCAAGAUGCCUGAGUACCACAGUUUAGGAGGAAGAGGAGGAGGUUAAAUGAGUCAACUAAGGAGAGUGGUCGUGUAACACGUUUUGUGAAAUGGGAGAUGAUAUUGUGUUGUGUCACUGUCACUCUAUGUUUAUGCAUAAUAUGUUUGGGUAAAUAAAG